GUAAACUACCCUCAUCCGCUUGUCUUUUGUCGCUUCGCCCGCUGAAACGCUCGCCACUUUUGAUUUUUCUUCUCACCCUUUUCUUUUCCUCCCUCUUUUUCUCUUUCUUCGCAUCAAAUCUUCUUCUCUGCUUAUCCCUUGCAUCGAUCGCCCUCCUUCCUCCCGGAAUCGUCUCCGCCCGGACGGCAUUCCUUGCGUCUCUAGUGCUUGCGGAGCCCAUCUCUCUCUUCCCCCCGCCCCGAAUCUCUGGACUGUCGCGUGCAUACUUUCCCAUCACAGCCAUGCGUUUCGGCAAGACUCUUCGCAAUUCCAUCUACCCCCCAUGGGCUGGGAAAUAUAUCGAUUACCAUCGCCUCAAGGUGCUUCUGAGGGAGCAUGAUGUCAUUGGCGAUGGCAGUGACUCGGAGAGCACCCCGUGGUCCGAGCAGGACGAGGAGGCCUUCGUCCAGGAGCUCAUCAACGUCCAGCUCGACAAGGUCAAUGCUUUCCAGAUGGAAACUCUGCAACAAUUGCGGGAGCGUACCACCACCUGCGAGACCCGCCUGCGCCCAUUGACGACUUCUCCCGACGGCGAAGAGCCUGCUGCCGUCGACGAUGAGGAGAAAAAGAGAGUCGCUUCGGAUGUUAUGCAGGAGUUGGAUAGCAUCACCAAGGAAGUGACCGAACUGGAGAAGUACAGCCGGAUUAACUUCACUGGCUUCCUCAAGGCCGCGAAGAAGCAUGACCGCAAGCGUGGUACACGGUACCGUGUCAAGCCUCUGCUCCAAGUGCGCCUCUCGCAACUCCCUUUCAACUCGGAGGACUACUCGCCCUUGGUCCGGAGGCUCUCGGUGAUGUACUCCUUCGCUCGCGAGAUUCUCAGUCAGGGCGUUGUCGAGACUCAAGACCCUGCCGAACCCCGUGUCGGUCAGGACGUCUUUUCCUCAUUCAAGUUCUGGGUCCAUGCCGACAACGUGCUCGAGGUGAAGACUUAUAUUCUGCGGCAACUGCCCGUCCUGAUCUAUAACCCUGGCACUUCCAAGGAUCUGAACACCGUCCCCGACGACCCGACGAUUACUUCCCUAUACUUUGACAACCCGCAAUUCGAUCUUUACACCCAGAAGGUGGCCCGUGCCCCUGAAGCAGGUUCCCUGCGGUUGCGGUGGACUGGAAAUUUGCGCGACAAGCCGGCCAUCUUCCUGGAGAAGAAGGUCGUGACAGAUGAUGAUCGCAGUCGCGAGGUGAAGGUGCAGCUGAAGCAGAAGCAUGUCAAGGAGUUCCUGGACGGAGAAUACCGCUUCGAUAAGAAGGUGCAUCGGUUGGAAAAUAUGGGCAACGGCGAAUCUGAACAUGCGGAGGCUUUUAAGAAGGAUGUCGAUGAGCUGCAAUCUUUCAUCAAGGAACACAAUCUGCAGCCCAUGCUUCGCGCCAACUACACCCGCACAGCCUUCCAGAUUCCCGGAGAUGACCGGAUCCGAAUCUCUCUCGAUACCAACCUCGCUCUGAUCCGGGAAGACUCACUGGAAGAGCUGCGUCCGUGCCGUGAGGCACAUGAAUGGCAUCGGAGAGACAUUGAUGAGGCCGGGAUGGAAUAUCCGUUCCGGUCCAUCAGAACCGGCGAAAUCGCUCGUUUUCCCCAUGCCUUGCUGGAGAUUAAACUCCGGGGAGAUGCGACACAUAGCGCUGAAUGGGUUAAGGACCUCAUGGUAUCUCAUCUCGUGAAGGAAGCCCCGCGAUUCUCCAAGUUCGUCCACGGUGUUGCCCAGCUGUUCGAGGACUACGUCAACAGCUUCCCCUUCUGGCUCGGCGAGCUGGAAAACGACAUCCGGCGGGAUCCUGAGACCGCGUUCAACGAAGAACAGGAGCGGCUUGCGAAGCGCGCCGAGGAUGAGAUGGCAGUCGGAAGCUUCUUGGGAGGCAAGAGCCCCUCAACCCGACUCAUGGUCGGGUCUCCGGUUCAGAUGUUCACCGAGACGGAGUCGUCACGACACCGCCAAUCCCUUCAAAUCGUACAGCCGUCUCCCCGCCCAUCUGCUCCCGAAGUGGGCAGCGCUCCUGAACGCCAGGCGCCCGUCGAGGAUGCGGAACAGGAGGCGGAACAGCCGGUCACCAUGAAGCGCCUGGCUGCUCUGUUCCCCUCCUUCACCCUUGCGCGCCAAAACCGCGCACACGUAGACAAUGUGGUCUUGCCGCCUGGUGUCCGGGAGCCCGGUACCUGGAUCAAGGACUCGGGCCCGGUCCGCGUGGAAACCAAGGUCUGGCUCGCCAACCAGCGGACCUUCAUCAAGUGGCUCCACGUUAGUAUUCUGCUUUCUUCGCUGUCUCUGGGUCUGUACAAUGCGGCCGGGAAGAACAACGACAUCGCCCGCGCCUUGUCCAUUGUCUACACUGCCUUCGCCAUCUUCGCCGCCGGCUGGGGAUGGUACAUGCACGAGAAGCGGGCGCGCCUGAUCCGCCAACGGAGUGGACGAGACCUCGACAACAUGUUCGGACCGAUUGUCGUGUGCGUUGGAUUGGCAAUUGCACUGGUGCUAAACUUUGCCUUUAAGUACAACUCUACCCUGGAGAAGCUCCGAAACAACCAGCCUGUGGAGGCAGUUCCCGGGCUGAACUCGACGGCUUUUCUCAACAAGGCCAACAUGUGGCAGCUAGUCAACCAAGGUGGAGAGACGCUCUAAACCGCUCCCCUUGUUAAUGAGGUCUCCACCCAGAUUGGCAGAUAGUAGAAUUAUCACGACACUGUAAAGUGCACACAAAUGUCAGAGACUGUCAGUUCACCCCUUGUUUUGGGUAUGUACCGGGUGAAUCGUCCAUGUAUGUAUUGUUAGCAUGUUACCUGAUUGAUUGCGGGAUCAAAAUUGACCCAAGCGAGUAUCGUUAGAAUGGAAAUAGGGUUUCUUUGUU